AUGGACAACAAUCAAGGAGGUCAUCAAGCAACCGCCGACAAACGUGGGAUCGAGAUCAUGAAGCAGAUGUUAUUGCCUUGCAUGUCUGAAGAUCUGAAGGCAGUGCCGAAACUAUUAAAAGAAUCAGCAGGCCAAAGCAGCUGUUGCAUCUUCAGUGUCCCUCAUCCACUUGCUGGAGGAAACACCGAGCCGUGCCAGCCUCGCGUCAUCUCUAUUGGCCCGUACCACCAUGGGAAUCCACAAUUGCAGAUGCUUGAGGAGCACAAGUGGAGAUACCUCCGCGCUACGCUGCACCAAAUCCAUCCGCACGGUAUCGGUCUCGAGGACCUCAUCGAUGUGGUGGCGCCCAAAGAGGAAAUGAUCCGGCAAUGCUACUCGAAGAGCACCGACAGUUUCAGCGGACCUGAUCUUGUGAAAAUGAUGGUUCUUGAUGGAUGCUUCAUCAUCGAGCUCCUCCUUCGAAGAGAGAGAUCCGCGUCUGAUCCCGACGAUCCCCUAUUAAGAAAUUCAUACGUGUUCGCUUCUCUUGUGCGGGACCUUCUACGGCUUGAGAACCAGGUCCCAUAUUUUGUUCUCGAGGAUUUGAUGGAAAUCACUAGUGUUCCAAAAGAAGUCUUGGCCGAUCUUGCCCUCAAUUUCUUCAAAGACGUCCUGAAAAUACACGAUAGUCGCUCAGCGAGACCUAUCGAUCCAAAAGCAGUGCAUUUACUUGAUUUAAUUCGUCUAAGCUUAAUUCCUUGGGAUCAACAAAGCAGGAGCUCAUCUCAUACAUCGGUCCGAUCUGGUUCCAAGGGUUUUGAAAUCAUCGGAUCUGCUUCCAAUUACCGUAGACUGGGAAUUAGAUUGUGGCCAACAAGAGCCAGCAGCACCUUCCUGGACAUCAAAUUUAAUUCUCAAAGCCAAUGCUUUAAGAUUCCGACACUAACAGUCGAUGAUACUUUCAUUUGCAUCCUCCUCAAUAUGGUUGCUUUUGAACAGUGUCAUGGCCAAUGCAACAAGCAUGUAACCGCCUAUGCCAUGUUCAUGAGACAGCUCAUUCAAACAGAAGAGGAUGCACAACUUUUGUGUCACAGUGGAGUCAUUCAGGAUUUCCAUGGGCGCAAGAAGGAUGUUGCACGCUUCUUCCGUGAGAUCUGUCAGGAUGCUUCAUGCGAUAUCCAGGGGACCUAUCUAGCGUCGAUUCAACUCCGCGAUUGGUAUACCCCGUUUCGUAUUUGGAAAGCAGUCCUGAAAGAAGUAUAUUUUUCCAACCCAGAGGUGUCUAUUUCGGUGAUAACUCUUUUAGUGACGCUUACAGGCGUGAUUCAAACAGUGUACGCUCUGUUGCAAUACUAUCAGCCCAAGUAG